GUGUCAUUCUCCAGAGCCGAACGAGAGAAGAAGCCUCAGCUCUUCUUCCUUCUUCGACUCGUUUAAAAACAGUCGCUCGUGAGCGGCCGGGCGAACAAGUCGUCUCGCUGUUUGACUGUUGGUGAAUCUAUUGGCAAAGAUGAGAGCGUUUUUGGGAAUCGUCUGUCUGGUGGUUCUGGCGGUGGUCCUGCCGGGAGCUCAAGCCGUGGAGAAGCUCAAGCUGUCCUCAGGGCAUGAGAUACCGGCCGUUGGAUUAGGCACGUCGACGAUCAAGCUCGACGAAAUGGACAAUGCGAUAUCGAGUGCUUUGGAGAACGGUUAUCGUCACAUCGACACGGCCUUUUCCUACGACAACGAGGCGGCCAUUGGAAAGAUUUUGAAAAAAUGGUUCGACAAGGGUGGAAAGCGCGAAGACAUCUUCAUCACAUCCAAGCUGCCUUCCCAAGGCAACAGGCCGCAAAGCGUGGAAACGUAUCUGAAACGUUCUCUGAAAGACCUGGGCUUGGAUUACGUCGACAUGUAUCUGAUUCACACGCCGUUCGCCGUCAAAGAAGGCGAAAACCUUUCCUCCAAACAGGACAAAGACGGCAAUGACUUGUUCGAUGAUGUUGACCACAAGGCGCUUUGGAAAGCAAUGGAGCGACAGGUGAAGGAAGGCCGAGCGAAAUCAAUAGGCCUCAGCAAUUUCAAUCAGUCGCAGGUGUUGAACAUCUACAACAACGCGGAAAUCAAACCCAGCAAUUUACAGGUCGAGACGCACGCCUAUCUACAACAGAAACAGCUGCGCAAGUUCUGCAAGGAACACAACAUCGUCAUGACAGCUUACGCACCCUUAGGCUCGCACAACGCACGUCUCAACUUGCAUCGAGGUACCCCCAAAGAACUACCAGCCUUGGUUGAGCUGCCGCUGAUCAAGUCGCUCGCGGCAAAGUACAACAAAUCACCCGGACAGAUACUUCUGAGACACACGAUUCAAGAAGGCCUUGUCGCUAUCCCCAAGAGCUCGAACGCCCAGAGGCAAAAGUCAAACAUCGACAUCUUCGAUUUCAAGCUCACCGACGAGGAGAUGAAGAAAAUAGAUGCUCUGGACAAGGGCGAGAAGGGUCGUGUCUUCGAUUUUCUCGCUUUUUACAAAGACCUCGAUAAAAAUCCCGAGUACCCAUGGCACGGCCAGUAAUCACGCUGCACGAACACUCCAGCAGCGCAAACAUGAAGAAAAUACACAUGUACAAAACGUGCAUGUAUCGAAAUUAUUGAGUAAUUUUUACUUUUAUAGACUCAUUUUCCUGAUAAUGUAUAGUUAAGUUUUAGUCUAAUUGGAGAGUCAAUAAAAAUUUGUGUUCCAUGACACAUUGAGGACUUAGUCGUAAAGUUCAUUCUUUAUUUUUAACGACUAGAUAUCAAUAAAAUGGUAAACU